GUGAUUUAAAAGACGUUGCCAACAGUGGAUUACGGCCAUUUUUUCGAGGGUGGCGUUGCUGUUAGCAAAAUGCUAACUUUGCUUGAGGCUAUUUCAAGUCACCUGACAGUGGUUUAGUACAUUUCUAAACAAGGUCUUUGAUAAAGCUGGUUUGUUUGCUAAUUCAGUGCAGGGCCACUGUGCGUUUACCAUGAACCUGGAACGACUUCCCAACGAAGAGAAACUCACUCUUUGUAGAAAAUAUUACUUGGGUGGUUUUGCGCUUCUUCCUUUCCUGUGGCUUGUAAACGUUGUCUGGUUUUUUAAGGAAGCCUUUAUGAAGCCGCCCUACACUGAACAGACUCAAAUUAAAACAUAUGUGAAGCGAUCAGCACUGGGUUUGUUGUUUUGGGUCACAGUACUGACGACAUGGAUCACAAUUUACCAACACUUCAGAGCACAGUGGGGGGAAGUGGGAGAUUACCUUUCGUUCACAAUUCCACUGGGCACCCCUUGAGACGUUUGACCGCCGACCAUCCUGGAACAAAGAGUUUUCUCUUUAAUAAAGCAAAAACAAUUCAGUCUUUUUGUGACAUGUAUUACUUAUAAAAUGUUGAUACUGUAGAACUCAAAUUUCUGUAUGUUUUUAGUUUCGAGCCUUUUGUUUUCUUUUUAGUACAAGCUAACAAUGUGUUGUCAGUGGAUGUGCAUUAAGAUUUGUUUAGGUGAGACAAAUAAUUUGAUUCCACUGCUAUUUUUUUUUCUUUUUCUAAAAUAUUGCUAAAAUUACCUUGUGCACUCAUGGUGAUUUUUACUUUCUGACCAAUAAAUACUCUUAAUCUAUAA